AUGCCGCGGCCGGGAAAGAGUUCGUACAGUGACCAAAAGCCGCCCUAUUCGUACAUCUCGCUGACCGCCAUGGCCAUUCAGCACUCGGCGGAGAAGAUGCUGCCGCUGAGCGACAUUUACAAGUUCAUCAUGGAGCGCUUCCCCUACUACCGCGAGCACACUCAGCGCUGGCAGAACAGCCUGCGCCACAACCUCUCCUUCAACGACUGUUUCAUCAAGAUCCCGAGGCGGCCAGACCAGCCGGGUAAGGGUAGCUUCUGGGCGCUGCACCCCGACUGCGGCGACAUGUUUGAGAACGGCAGCUUCCUGCGGCGCCGCAAGCGCUUCAAGGUGCUGCGCGCGGACCACGCUCACCUGCAUGCUGGAAGCACCAAGGGCGCGCCAGGAGCGGGACCCGCAGGUCACCUGCAUCCCCACCACCCCCACCACCCGCACCACCACCAUCACCAUCAUCACGCUGCCACACACCACCACCAUCACCACCACCCGCCCCCGCCCCCGCCCCCGCCGCACAUGGUGCACUAUUUCCACCAGCAGCCGCCUCCUGCUCCGCAGCCUCCACCGCACCUCCCGUCUCAGGCCCCGCAACAGCCGCCCCAGCAGUCGCAGCCUCAACAGCCGUCUCACCCCGGCAAGAUGCAGGAGGCGGCUGCGGUGGCGGCGGCGGCGGCGGCGGCGGCGGCAGCCGCGGUGGGCAGCGUGGGGCGCCUGUCUCAAUUCCCACCCUACGGGCUGGGUUCGGCCGCGGCCGCCGCCGCAGCUGCAGCCGCGUCCACCACCGGCUUCAAGCACCCGUUCGCCAUCGAGAACAUCAUCGGCCGGGACUACAAGGGCGUGCUACAGGCUGGCGGGCUGCCCUUAGCAUCUGUCAUGCACCACCUGGGCUACCCAGUGCCAGGUCAGCUCAGCAACGUCGUGAGCUCGGUGUGGCCUCACGUUGGCGUCAUGGAUUCGGUGGCCGCUGCCGCCGCCGCCGCCGCAGCCGGGGUCCCGGUAGGCCCAGAGUACGGGGCAUUCGGGGUGCCAGUCAAGGCCCUGUGCCACUCAGCAAGCCAGAGCCUGCCGGCUGUUCCGGUGCCCAUCAAGCCUACACCUGCGCUACCACCCGUGACCGCGCUGCCGCCGGCGCUCACUGUCCCGGCGGCUUCACAGCAGCCGCCAACGCCAACUGCGGUGUGCUCUGCCUCCACAGCCUCGCCCGCAGCCUCUUUGCUGGAGCCCACCGCUCCAAGCGCGGCGGAGAGCAAGAGCGGCUCCCUGCACUCGGUUCUGGUGCACUCCUAAGUGACCCGGCGGGGUAGGGAAAACAAACACGAGAAGAGACGCCCGGCGCGGGACUGCACCAACCGCCCCAGAGGGAGAGGGCGCCCUCAGAAGGCCGGGCAGAGCUGGCGAGUCCGAGGCUUUGCGUUAAAGGAAGGUAUUUAAACCAGCGAACAAAAUCCGAAAAGUGGAUUGUCCAGUGGUCUGAAUAAACAUAACUCUCCUGGUGUCUGUGUUUAUACUAUGUUGUACAAUCAGAUUAAUGAAAGUCAAUUUUUUCAGGUAAGAGUUUCUAUUGUAAUUAUUAUAAUCAAUAAGUUAUGGGGGGAGGGAGCAAAGGAGGUUGGGGAGCCUCAUUCACUGGCAAAUUGACAAUGGAUUUCGACCCUUGUUUCUGGGAGCAGAAACUGACUGAACUGAACCUUGCGGAGAAACCUAACAGAGAGUGAUGCUGAAACGAAUUUCAGCCGCCAAGUUUCUCUCAUCCCUUGGCAGUCGCCUCUCGUGAAUAUUCAAGACAAAACUCCAUCCACUAAGGAAAUCUCCUUUCAGUUGAGAAGGAAAAGGGGGUACUUUUGAUACCGUUAUUUUCUAGGCCAGCUAAAUGAGCGAAAACACAGCGUCAAGAAUAAAAUCACUUUGAGCGGGGAGGAGACAGUAGGAGCGCACAGGAAAGGUCUUUGGGAAACAGUUGAGUUUCUUGGCCCUGACCCGGGGGUCGAGAAAGAUGGGAGGAAUCGCUAAAGCAAUUAGUUUGCAUACAAAAAGAAAAAAAGUGGCAGCGGCUUAAAGAGCAAAACCCCAGAUUCCAAAAGUAAAGUUUGGGAAACAACACAACCAAAGAGAGACAAUAUAAGCGACU